AUGCAGCUCUCACCAGAGUUCAGUCGUCAGCUCGUGAAAGUGAAAUCGGAACCACCCGAUUUUGCGUGCCUGCCAGAAGAGGGCCAGGUACAACAACAGCAAUGCAACGAGCCUUCACCAGGAGGUGAUGCUGAUGGAGUGUCAGCUGGGACGUGUCGCGUUAAAGAAGAACCUCGAGAGGAAUCUUCGAAUGAACAUCCAAUCAUAGAAGUGAAGACGGAGCCCUACAAUAUUGCAAUCUUGGCCGAACAGGACCAGAUGGGACACAGCUGUCAAUCAACAUCAGAAGGAGCGAAAGAAAGCAGUGGUGGGCUUCACAUUAAGGACGGGCUCAGAAGCACUUGCAAUCACGCAUCUUCAGGUUGCACCUCUUCCAGUGUACAGUUUGAGACCAGCACAACAACAGUUGAACCGCGGUUCGAAAACGUUGCACUAGUCACUAUUGACGGUGGACCCAUAGAGCAAUCUUCAGACCAAAGCGACACCCAAGUGGCGGGCAAGUCAUCGACGUUUGGACAUGAGAAAGACAGGCUUUAUAAGUGCAGUGUUUGCUUGGCUACAUGCAUUGACACUGUACUCUUGGAAGAUGAUCUCAGACCUCACAAAACAAAGACAUUUACCUGUGACAUGUGCUCCGCGGCAAUCAGUCAUUCAUCAACUCUGCAAGUGCAUGCAAAACAUUCCAUGGGAGUAAGCUUGCACAAAUCCAAGAUAUGUGCAUUUGCAUGCACAUCGAGCGCAUACAAGUGCAAUCUCGCCCCUGCAGAGUCCAGCCACACUAUGUGCCUGCGGCAUCACAAGCAGACACACAUCGGCAAGAAGCGCUACAGGUGUGAUGUCUGUCCUGCAGAUUUCAGCCAUUGCACGAGCCUGUGCCGUCACAAGCGAAAGCACACAGGCGUGAAGCGAUACAAAUGCAAUCUCUGCCCUGCAGAGUUCAGCAACAGUGGGAAGCUGCGUGAUCACAAGAGGACACACAAGAGUCAGGGGCCAUACAAGUGCGACCUCUGUCCUGCACAGUUUGGGCAUAGCACAAUCCUGAAAUGUCACAAGCAAAGACAUACAGGCGUGAAGCCCUGUAAUUGUGACCUCUGUCCUGCAGAAUUCAGCCUUAGCUCUAGCCUCUAUGACCACAGGGGGACGCACAGAGAUGUGAAGCCCAAUAAGUGCGAUCUUUGUCCCGCAGAGUUUAAGAAGAGGGACACCCUGCAGUGUCACAGGAGAUCACACACGGGAGAGAAGCCAUACAAGUGUGACAUCUGCAUUGCAGCGUUCAGCCGUAGCUCAAGCCUGUUGCGCCACAAGUGGACGCACAUGGGCGACAAGCCCCAUAAGUGCGACCUCUGUCCUGCAGAGUUCAGCAACAAAACGGGCCUACAGUACCACAGGCGAACACACACGGGAGAGAAGCCAUACAAGUGCAAUGUCUGCCCUGCGGAGUUCAGCCACAUUACGAGUCUGUCAUAUCACAAGCGAAAACACACAGGUGAGAAGCCCUAUAAGUGUGACAUCUGUACAGCAGAGUUUAGCCAUAGCUCGAUCCUGUUGAAUCACAAGCGGACACACACGGGAGAGAAGCCCCAUAAGUGCGAUCUCUGUACUGCAGAGUUCAGCAGUAGCGGAAGCCUAUCACGCCACAAGCAGAUACACACGGGAGAGAAGCCAUACAAGUGUGACGUCUGCAUUGCAGCGUUCAGCCGUAGCUCCAGCCUGUUGCGCCACAAGCGGAUACACACGGGCGAGAAGCCCUACAAGUGUGAUCUCUGUCCUGCAGAGUUCAUCGAGAGCACGAAGCUGAGGUAUCACAAGCGAAAACACACUGGCGAGGAGCCCUAUAAGUGCGACCUCUGUUCUGCAGAGUUCAGCAACAAGACACGCCUACAGUGCCACAGGCGAACACACACGGGAGAGAAGCCAUACAAGUGCAAUGUCUGCCCUGCGGAGUUCAGCCACAUUGCGAGUCUGUCAUAUCACAAGCGAAAACACACAGGUGAGAAGCCCCAUAAGUGCGAUCUCUGUACUGCAGAGCUCAGCAGUAGCGGAAGCCUAUCACGCCACAAGCGGAUACACACGGGCGAGAAGCCCUACAAGUGUGAUCUCUGUCCUGCAGAGUUCAUCGAGAACACGAAGCUGCGGUAUCACAAGCGAAAACACACUGGCGAGGAGCCCUAUAAGUGCGACCUCUGUCCUGCAGAGUUCACCAGCAGCACGAAAUUGCGGUGUCACAAGCAGACACACAUGAGCGAGGUGCCCUGCUAG